UUCGGUAAAAAAUGAAAACGAACAACUUCUGCUUGACCUCAGAAAACAGUCUGAUUUGUUUGAAACUGAAACAGCGCUGAGAGUCAGUCAUUCAGAAACAUCUGCAAACUGUUUGAAUGUUUUACGUGUGGAAACGAAAACGUGUGAAAAUUGUUUAUCUUUUCAUUUUUUUCUCAUCUUUGAUAACAAAACAAAAAGGGAACAAAUCCAAGUAAAACAGAAUGAAAGAGCAUUUCAGGCCUUCAUACACUCAUUAACAUCUGGAGCAGAGAGGACAACAAUCCUGUUUACACACUGUUUAUCACCGACUGGACCAUAUGACCAGAGAGAGGAGAGAGAGGGUGUGAGAGUGAGAGAGAUGAACUACAUGUGACAGCGGGACAUUCAGGGCUUGGACCAAGGACCAAACAGGGACAAACAUCAGCCUCCACUUUCCAAAGUUAUGAACUAUCCAGGAAUUUUCUGACUGGACACUAAUCAAACACUGUCGUCAUGUGGGACAACGCAGGGGGGCGACUGCACAACUGCUUCUUCUCAACUUCACAGGAGCUGGAAGAGUGACCGCCUUCAUGAUGAACUGCGCUGUGAUUCUUCUACUAACAUCAAGCUGCUUCAACUGGUCUUCAGCUUUGUAUACACCCAGCGGAGCAGAGCCCAAGAAGCUGAAGUAUCUCAUCGACCCGCCUGUGUUCGCUGAAGUCACCGGCCGAAGGGGAGAUAAUGUCACCUUGCCGUGUAUUCUGAGAAGCAAACCCAGCCAUUACAAAGUGAAAUGGACAAAGCUGGAGCCCGAGCACGUAGGGCCAGAGAAUAUUAUCAUGAUAUCAAAUGCACAUGCCUUCAAGCCCUACGGCCAUCUUGGACCGCGGGCCUCGCUUCGAAAGGCUCACGUAAUGGACGCCUCCUUGCAGCUCAGCCGUCUGGAGCUGGAAGAUGGCGGCAGGUAUCGCUGUGAGCUUGUCAAUGGCAUCGAGGAUGAGAGUGUUGUCAUAACGCUGAGGAUUGAAGGGGUGGUGUUCCCAUACCAGAGUGAAAACGGACGCUACAGAUUCACCUUCCAUGAAGCCCAGGAGGCUUGUGCUGAGCAAGAUGCUACGUUAGCCACAUACAUCCAGCUCUACAGAGCCUGGACGGAGGGUCUGGACUGGUGUAACGCAGGCUGGCUCCGCGAUGGAACCGUUCAGUACCCCAUCAUCCACCCUCGACCCGUCUGUGGAGGAGAGCUGCUCCCUGGGAUUCGCAGUUAUGGAGCAAAGGAUAAGAAUCAUGAUCGGUUCGAUGCUUUCUGCUUCACCUCUCAGGCGUCUGGUUCCGUCUUCUACAUAUCAGGGUCUUUCUCCCUCGAGCAGGCAGGACGUGCGUGUAAACAUCAGGGAGCCGAGCUGGCGUUGGUCGGCCAGCUUUAUGCCGCCUGGCAUUUCCAAAACUAUGACCAGUGUGACGGGGGAUGGCUGAAAGACGGCAGCGUACGGUUCCCCAUCAGCAACCCCAGGGAGCGCUGCGGAGGCAUCCCCGGGGCAGGGGUGCGCUCGUUUGGGUUCCCUGACAAGAAGACGCAUCUUUACGGAGCCUAUUGCUAUAGGUAGCCUCGAAUAAGACCUGCAGACGAAUUACGAAACCUCACAUCUGAAGCAACAGACAAUUACUGACAACAGAAUUAUAUGGUUAUAUUUCAAUUCUUACAUUUUUAAAAUUGAGUGAGUGACACGGCCAUAUUAUUAAUGUAAAACAGGGAUUUCUGAAAACAAAAGGCCUCAUUUCCAUAUAAUUUGGCAGAUUCUUAAAAUCUUAAAGCCAGGAACUGAUUUAGCGUGUAGACAGGACCUUCUACACCGUCUCCUAACCCAGAUUUCUCAAUAAGACAUGAGACUGAUUGACUGGGUCAGAUGACCAUGGGUUCAGAAGCUUUUCUGAUCAGGCUUAUUUCUUCCAUUGGAUAUAAAGACAACACAAACCCGUGUUAAACAGAUACAUGAAGAGUAAUUCAGGUUUUUCCUGAUUGUUUAACGUGUCCAGCAGCUACCAGCCAAAACUGCCAGAAGAUUUUGGUUGUGGCUGGUAAACUCCAGCAGUGAUUCUCUCUGACGUAAUAAUCAUUUAAGAAAUAAUUGUUGUUUGGAUGUUUACUGUAGUUUAUUUUGGAUAAUGCCAGCUUCUGUGACUUAUGGAAAAAUGGAAAAAAUGGAAGUAAAAGGUGAAAAAGAAACACAAACACAAUCAUCUCACACUAAACCUGUAAUACUUUGUCUAAGACUAAACUGCUUCCUGUGAGCUCGUCCAAAGCAGCUAAAACGUACUUUAAGGAUCGACUGGUUUAUCUGUAAAUUAAUUCCAUGUAACUGAAUUUAUUCAAUAAAGACGUGUCCACAUGUCAGGGUA